GUGUUGUGUCCUCUCAAAACACUUUCAUUUCAUUGUCUUACUCUUGUGUUGUGUCCUCUCAAAACACACUCUCCUUAAUUAACACGCACGCUUACCCUUAACCCUUACCCUUAUCCUACCAAACUACCCACAAACAUUGUAGUAGUACUCACAAAACAGAUUUUGUAACAUCAAAAUGGAACUUGCUUUGAGCUUAGGUGACACACCAAAAUUACCCUUUUCUUUUCUUGACAAACCCACUAAAGAUCCAUUACCAAAUUUGCUCUUAACACAACAAGGAAAAAACUUAGAGCUUGAAGAAAGUGGUUCCUUAGAUCCACCUAUUCAACUUGACCUUCUUCCUUUCUCUCCUGUUCUUAGAUCUCAUCACUCUUCAUCUCACCUUCCCAUUCCUUGGCUCACUCAACCAUGUGGACCGGUGAGGGAGUUAGAUGUGAACCGUUUUCCGGUGAUGACGGAGGAGGCGGACGACGGUGCCUCACUGUCAUCCCCUAGCAGUUCUGUGUCACCAUUUCAAAUGGAUUUCAGUAUGAUGAACAACAAUGCUGAAUAUGGAGGAAGAAACAAGAGGGAAAAUGAAGGUGAAGCUGAAAGAGUGAGUGAUGAUGAUGAAAAUGGGUCAACUCGGAAGAAACUCAGACUUUCUAAAGAUCAAUCUGCUUUUCUUGAAGAAAGCUUCAAAGAACACACCACUUUAAAUCCAAAGCAAAAACUUGCACUGGCAAAACAGUUGAAUCUAAGUCCUCGUCAGGUGGAAGUUUGGUUUCAAAACAGAAGAGCAAGGACAAAGUUAAAGCAAACAGAAGUGGAUUGUGAGUAUUUGAAGAGAUGUUGUGAGACAUUAACAGAAGAGAAUAGAAGGUUACAAAAGGAACUUCAAGAACUUAGAGCUUUGAAAACUAAUCAACCAUUUUACAUGCAACUACCAGCUACUACUCUAACUAUGUGUCCUUCUUGUGAACGUGUGGCUACAAACCCUUGCAACAAUCAAACCAAUAACAAGGCCAGAGUCCAACAACAGAAGGCCCAAGCCCAUCAGAUUCCUUCAUGAUCUUAUUAUCACAUGGACACUUUUUAUUUGUUUGUCUUCACAUAAUUAAUCAUAAUCAUAUACUACUAGAUAAUAAUAUUAUAGAGAGUGACAAGGUGCUAGUUUCACUAAUUAACCUAUUUUCCGUAUGUAUAUAAUUUAGGUUAGAUUUAGACGUUAGGCUUUGUUCAUCUGGGUUUCUUUUUUAUUCUUCUAAUCAUUUUGUGUUAUUUUGUGGGAUGAAAUGAUCUUUUUUUAUGAUCAAUUUGAGUACUGAUCAUUUGGUGGUGAAAUUAUGAAAUGAAACAUUUUAUGUUGAUUAUUAA